AGUAAAAGAUGUAGAGAUACAAACCGCAGUGAAGCACACAAGCAUGCCAGAGAAGCAGAAUGGUUCUUCAUCAGCUGUUCAAAUAAGAAGCAGCAAACCUUCACACUCCAACAAGGGGCUGGAUGCUCUCCCCAAGCACACGCAGGCUCCAGACACAACAGACCGCAGCUCAGCCUUCCCGCCCCCGAGUGCAGAUGGCGUCAACUGCUCUUCUGAUGGAACAGAAAGUGGUUCUCAUCACGGGCUGCUCCUCGGGGAUCGGCCUGAGCCUGGCUGUGCACCUGGCCUCCGAACCCUCCAAGGCUUACAAAGUGUAUGCCACCAUGCGGAACCUGGACAAGAAACAGCGCUUGCUGGAAAGCAUGAGAGGACUGCACAAGGAGACUCUGGCCAUCCUGCAGAUGGACGUCACAGAUCAGCACUCCAUUCUCUCUGCCCGGGACAGCAUUAGUGAAGGCAGCGUCGACAUCCUGGUGUGUAAUGCAGGCGUGGGACUUAUGGGCCCCCUUGAGACCCAGUCAGAAGACACCAUGAGGGGGAUCCUAGAUGUGAACCUGCUGGGGACCAUUCGCACCAUCCAGACCUUCCUACCAGACAUGAAGAGGAGGAGGACUGGACGAAUACUGGUUACUGGCAGCAUGGGAGGACUACAAGGUCUGCCGUUUAAUGAGGUGUACUGUGCCAGCAAGUUUGCAGUAGAGGGCACCUGUGAAAGCCUGGCCAUUCUGUUACAACACUUCAACGUCCAUGUGAGUCUGAUAGAAUGCGGCCCCGUGAACACGGACUUCCUGAGGAACCUGACCAAAACGGAGGUGGGCGAUGGGUCUGUGGAGGUUGACGCGCACACGCGCAGCCUGUAUGAGACGUACCUGCACCACUGCCAGACUGUGUUCCAGAAUGCAGCACAGGACACCGAUGACAUCGUAAAGGUGUUUCUGGAGGUGAUCCGGUGUCCGUGUCCCGGCCUCAGGUACUACACCAGCAGUGCCAUGCUGCCCCUGAGCAGUCUGAAGCUGACAGCCCAUGAUGGCUCCCAGUAUGUUCGUGCCAUGGGCAAGCUGGUCUUCUCUGCUGGGAGCACGGACUCGCAGAACUAACAGCACAAACUCAACAAAACCUUCAUGUAGCUUUUAUGCAACUAAGCUACUAUGGAGUUGCGUGUUUUCUUGCCUUGAGUCUAAUAACACAUGAUACAUGUAGUAUGUAGUAAUAAUAGCACAUGAUACACAUAUGUAGUAAUAACACCUGAUACAUGUAGUAUGUAGUAAUAAUAGCACAUGAUACACAUAUGUAGUCAUAACACAUGAUACAUGUAGUAUGUAGUAAUAACACCUGAUACAUGUAGUAUGUAGUAAUAACACCUGGUACAUGUAGUAUGUAGUAAUAAUAGCACAUGAUACACAUAUGUAGUAAUAACACAUGAUACAUGUAGUAUGUAGUAAUAACACCUGAUACAUGUAGAAUGUAGUAAUAACACCUGAUACAUGUAUUAUGUAGUAAUAAUAACACCUGAUACAUGUAGUAUGUAGUAAUAAUAACACCUGAUACAUGUAGUAUGGUCUGAUAUAUGUAGUAUAUGGUCCAGUGUUU